AUGAUGACAGCUAGCAAGGCGGCCGAUGUGAGCAGCAAGUCUGAAAUCAGCAUCUACAACUCUGUUGAGAGGAUCAAGCUUGCAGAUAAAAACAAUACUGCAUCUGUGAAGGAAUUAGAAAGACCUUUGUGUGGAUUUUUGAGUGAGAAAUGUUCUGAAGGUGCCUCUCUCAUCCUGGGUUUAACACCUGAAGCUGAACCCGUUUCUUCUGUGGUAAAGAAUCCACUGGGAGCCUUGGAGAACUUGAUGCUGGAUGCAAGGCUAGACUGCUUUCAGCAGAACAUGCUUAGUCCCAAAAUGAUCAUCAGUGACCCAUCUGUGGAUCUGAACGUUAAAGAAAACAGUAAAAUUAUCAGGAGACAGAUAGGAGGCACUCAGAAUGUACGGUCACCUGGAAGAAUUGGCUUGAGGAAUAAGUCCUUCAGCAUCAAGGACAAAAUUUCAGAAUGGGAAGGGAAAAAGGAAACGCAGCCUGCUCCUCGCAGAGAGGAGGAGCAGGGAGUUAAAGAGGAGCACAGGGUGCCCUGUGUACCUGAGAAGAUGAGUGGUGAAGCACUGGUGACUCGGAAAGGGGAGACGAAGAGACUUAUGAACUGGGAACUGGAGUACAAAGGGGCAGGCAAAGAGAAUGAGCGGAAAGCAGGAACUCAGAAGGGCACAGGUCAGGCAGCAGAGCGAAAGGGGGAGGCGCAGAAGGAUGAGGAAGUAGAGUCCAGCCCUGGAAAAUGCAAGGAGGUGAAAGGUGGGAAGUGGGAGGUCCAGAAGGAGAAUCUUUCAGUGCUUAGUCAGGUCAAGAAGCUAGAGCAGGCUUUGAAGGAUGGCUCAGCAGAGGUGCAGCCACAGUUGCCUGGUACUUACUAUUCCCCACAGUGCCUGCAGGAGAAGGCAGUACAAGGACACACUGCUCCUGAGGGCCAUGAGAGCAUAUAUGGGGCAGAGCUCAACAGAAGGCUUCUUGGCUUGGACUCUGAAAUCAGUGAGCCAAUUUUUGGGACUCUAGAAGAGGUAAGAACUUCUCAUGUGAAAUCCAAGGACUCCACAGUGGAGAAUGUGUACACAGAGCCAGGGAUGCCAGAGAAGAAACCCUUCAUCAACCCACUGCCAAAGCCCCGACGGACUUUCAAACAUGAGGGGGAAGAGGACUGGGUGCCAGCAGCUAGGAAUAAAAGAAACUUGCCCCCUCUGCCAUCCAUUCCUCCCCCUCCUCUACCUUCCUCUCCUCCCCCGUCAGCUGUCAGCAGGAGGCUCUGGAGUGGGAAGCACAAGAACAACGCUGACCACAGGAAGUCGUAUGAGUUUGAAGACUUGCUGCAGUCAUCAUCUGAGAACGGCCGGGUGGAUUGGUAUGCGCAGACCAAGCUGGCCCUCACACGCACUUUAUCUGAGGAGAACGUCUAUGAAGACAUCCUGGGAAGAGAGCAUUCUGAGUUUGAAUGGCCUAGGUUGGAUCCACCGUCGAAGGAAAACCCUUAUGAAGACAUUGAGACCAACGCCACCAGCCGCUGUUUGGGGAAGAAAUGUGUCCUGACCUUCCCAGCAUCCCCCACCUCUUCUGUACCUGGGACUCCCACUAAGGUACUUUGA